GUGUGUAGAAUAAGCGCUUACUGCUCCGGGGCUUUAGGGUUUCUCGCGCGAUUUCAUUAUAUCAUCGUCGACCCGUUAUUUUGGUCAAGCUCUUGCCUUUUUCCAAUUCGAUCAUCGUUAGCUCGAAUUUCGGAUUAGGGUUGAUAUUUCCUGUGGUGGGUUCGUCUUUGGAACUGUAAUCACUCGUAGGGUUGGUCAGAUUUGGGGAAAAGACAGAGAAGAUGCCGCCUAAGAUUGUGAAGAGAGGGGGGGCUGCGGCGGCCGCCAGGAGGGGCGGUCGGGUUACGAGAUCGACUCGGAAGGCCCUGAACCCGCCGCCUGAAUCCGCCGGUGAAGAAAUAGUGAAGAUCGAGGAGCCUUUGGGUUCCGAUGCCGUGGAGGCGAAGGAAGAGAUACGUGGGGAGGAAAAAUCUGUCGAGGAAGAGAGUCCUGUUGAUGAGCAGACGCAAUCGGAUUUCCAUGGCGAUGCUGCGGAGGCUGAACGCGGAUCGAAUGCGGACGGCGAUGUUUCAUUGAAAAAGGAGGAUGAGACAAAGGAUUCUAUGGAUGAAUAUGGGAAAGAUGAGAGGUUGGAUUUGGAUGACAAUGAAACAGAAUAUGAACCUGAAGAAUAUGGUGGGGAAGAGUUUGAAGAGAGAGAAUUAGAACAGGAGGAUGCUCAUGAAGACGACGAAGAACUGGAGGAGGAGAUCGAGGCUGAAGAUGAUGGAGGUGACCUUGCAGAGGACGAGAUUGCGGAUGGCCCUGAGGAGCUUGAUAGUGAAGGAGAUGAUGAGCAUAUCGAGGAUGAAGCCGAGCAUGCUGAAACCGCUGAUGUGGAAGAAGAAGAAGAACAUCGAGAUGUUGUCCAGGAACGGCGUAAGCGCAAGGAGUUUGAGAUAUUUGUUGGUGGAUUGGACAAGGAUGCUUCUGAGGAGGACCUAAAGAAAGUUUUUGGCCAAGUGGGUGAGGUGAUGGAAGUUAGGCUUAUGAAGAAUUCUCAGACAAAGAAGAAUAAGGGAUUUGCUUUCCUGCGAUUUGCAUCUGUUGAACAGGCAAAACGAGCUGUGACUGAGCUUAAAAACCCAAUGAUCAAUGGUAAACAGUGUGGCGUGACUGCCAGCCAGGACAGCGACACUCUUUUCUUAGGCAACAUUAGCAAGACAUGGACUAUAGAAGCUUUGAGGGAGAAGCUGAAGCACUAUGGUGUUGAUAAUGUUGAUGAUAUAACCUUGGUAGAGGACAACAACCAUGCAGGCAUGAACCGAGGGUUUGCCUUUCUGGAAUUUUCAUCUCGCUCUGAUGCCAAGGAUGCUUACAAACGCCUCCAGAAAAAAGAUGUGAUGUUUGGAAUUGAGAAACCUGCAAAGGUUUCUUUUGCUGAUUCCUUCAUUGAUCCGGGUGAUAAGAUAAUGGCCCAGGUUAAGACUAUUUUCAUUGAUGGUCUGUCACCUUCAUGGAACGAAGAUCGUGUAAGGGAUCUGCUGAAAAAGUAUGGUAAAGUUGAAAAGAUUGAGCUUGCUCGUAACAUGCCGUCUGCCAAGAGGAAGGAUUUUGGUUUUGUAACUUUCGAUACUCAUGAGGCUGCUGUGAUUUGUGCGAAAGCCAUCAACAAUUCAGACCUAGGUGUAGGGGAAAACAAGGCAAAAGUUAGAGCAAGGCUAUCUAGACCUCUUCAGCGAGGAGGUAAAGGCAGGCACAUCAGCCGAUCGGAUCACCGCUCUAGGCAUGGAAGUGGACGGGUUGGCAGGAGUUCAUGGGCUCGCCCACCACCUCGUAGCCUACCAUCAAGGAGUGCUAGAGGCAUUGGAUCUCGUGCCCUACCUCCUAGUUCAAAAAAACCUGAUGGAUCAAGAAGAAGACGCCCAAUUGCACCUGCGCCUGCAAGAGCUAGGCCAUUGCCUCCCCCUAGGUCAUAUGACCGAAGACCUCCUGUUCCUUCAUAUCCAAAGGCUAGCCUGAAGAGAGAAUAUGGAAGGCGUGAUGAUCUUCCUCCCCCAAGAAGCCGAGCUGCUGUUGACUACAGCUCCAGGCUCACACCUGAGAGGCAUCUGUCAUAUAGGGAUGAUUAUACAACCCGUGGUUCUGGUUAUCCAGAUCUGCCUAGAAGUUCUUCUCGGUCAGAAAUGAGGCGGCCAUUCAUGGAUGACCUCUACAGUCAAAGAUUUGAGAGGCCUCCAAGUUACAAUGAAGGACGACCACGUGGUUAUGAGCCGGUUCCUGGAUCAAAGCGUCCAUACUCCGCAAUGGAUGACAUUCCUCCUCGUUAUGCUGAUGCUGAUGUUCGCCAUUCGAGAGCCCGUUUGGAAUAUGAUAUUGGUCCACCUCAAUACGGGGAAGCCUAUGGGGAUAGGUUUGCUAGAUCAAGUCUAGGGUAUGGAAGCAGCAGAAGUACUAUGUCUAGUCAAGACUCACGGUAUGGCAGUCGACAGGGUAUGGGUUAUGGAGGAGGUUCUUACAGUGGUGGUGAUAGUGGAGGAAUGUACUCAUCAAGCUAUGGUGGCGAUUACAUAUCUAGAAGGGAUGUUGGAGGUAGCUCUUAUUCAUCAGUCUACUCUAGCCGAGGCAUGGGUGGCAGCAGUUACUCGGGCAGCGGUCCCGGGCCAUACUAUUAAUAUGUCUCAUGAGAAAGGCUGCUAUAGGAUGUUGGCCAUGCAAAGUUCAUUCAUCAUGGUCCUUACCGGAAAGAAGCAGACUUGCCAAGGAUAGCAGCCUCAUGAUACUGUUGAAGUCUAGUGUUCAAUGGAAUGUUAUGGUCAAGACAAAAGAGUGGCCUAUGGUUUAAGCGAUACAUGCCUCCUCCUGCUUUCAGCUAAUCUAUGGUGGUGAUGGGCGAGCUUUAGUUUUGUAGAGAUGGUUGUUGAUGUAUCUUUAUGUUUAACUCCAAAGAGACUCCCAAAUAAUGGACAGUCCAGGAGGCGUUAUCUCUAUGUGAAGGACAGAGAUUUAGCGUGUUUAUUUGAUCCAUGACUUUUUACAAACGGAUGGCCACAAGCCCACCUCCAAUCAUAAUCUCUGGUUCUUUGAUUUGGUUUGGCAAGGACUCAAGAGAGUUGGUGCCAAUUCUCUAAAUGGUAAGGUGUAUGCUUUUGUGAA